AGCGUGGCACGAAGGCCACAUCCGGCAGCAGCACUGCAGUAUUGGUCGAUCCCGCUUCAGCAACAGCGAAGUUGGUUGAAUUUCCUAUAUAUUAUUGAUAAAUAGCUCGUGUUGCUCGUGUGACUUUUACCAAAAUCGACAUCGGUAUUCGUAUUUAAAGAGAGAAAGUCUAUACUGUCGGAAUCACGUACAUACCGAGAGACGCAAAACGGUUAGGAGUACGCGCGUUGCUUGUAACGAGAAAUCAGUCAAGGGAUUAUCGUGCAUUGGGUGUGACGGACAUUUAUAUCCGUGCGAAUUGCAUGAAAGUCGUGUCGUGUUGCGUAGUGCACAAGAACAUUCGAUUAUUCGUGAUUCUCAUGGGUGUAUGUGCGAUUAUGUCGAGCGCCCCCGAAGUGAGGUGAGCGUUAUAGGAGGGGAAACUGCCCAAAAGAAGCAGCCUUCGAAUCUGUUUUUUGCUCCGCCAUUGUACGCUACAAGAGUACCGCGAAGGAAGCCGCUUGCCUCGUUUAUCCGUGUGUUCUUGUUCGACUACAUUUUUUUCAACUGAUCGCUGUUCAAGCGUGUAAACGCGCCUACGUCCGCGUUAACGCACGUCUCGUGGUUACGCUAUUCACGAGGCGAAGCACCCACUUACCGCCUCAACUUACUUUACGUUCGAAGUUCAUCGCUCGAAAAUAGUGAUCCAAUAUACUGAAUUAUAUCUUCGUGGGAAGAACGAUCUUGCCUUUCUGACGUUCCUUUUGGUUUACUUUGUGUGUUUGGAUGUUGCCUUUACAAAAAAUAUCGCUCUGAAAAAUCUGCGAUUUUGAACGUGCUUCUUUUUUGCAAGCAAAAAAUAUAAGGUUAUGAAUUGGUUCAAAGCACAUAAAUGAAACAAAAAUGAAGAAAUUAAACACAAUGGAAAUUAUUGUUGAAACAACAUAAUAUUUAAUAUGGAAUGAAUGAGAAAAGAAUUUAUGGUACAAGAGAAAAAAAAGACAAAAGAAAAAAAGAAAUUAUAUUGAAAGAUAACAAUACAAGUGCAGGACAAUAAAUUAGUAAUGGAUGAAUGGGAGUGAGCACAGCACAUGUGAAGUGUAGGUGUGGGUGCGUACGCACGUGGGAGCCUCUGGAUGUCGAGGCUGCAGCACUGGCAGUGUCAGUGGCAGUGAUGGCCCCUGCUCUGACGGAAGGUGGUCCUCAAAAGCCUGAAAAUUUGCUCCCUUCCCUUCCAGCUGGUGGAUUUCUUUCCCCAGAGCAGGCUACGCAGGUGUGUCAGAAUCGUGAAAUUCUGGCAAAAUUUGUUGUUUCUGCAAACGUUCAACCAUCAAAGAUCGACGAGCAGUGUUUACAUGGUAUCUCUAAGGAUCUCAUUCGUGAUGUCAUCAACUCGAAAUAUGCCAAUGAUCUUGAUAGCUUGUCUACAUUUACGCACGGAUCUGACUUGAUUACAAAGAAAGUACUAAUAAAGGAGGACUGUGAACAACUGGACAUUCUGGGCAGUCCAGAAAAAAAGGUGACUGAUACUAUAAUGAACGACCCAUCUAUGGGUGAUCAAGCGGACAAUAUGGGUUUCUUAAAAUCAAGCGCAGACUUGCCUUUGGUGGGCUCAGAAACAGCAGGAGACAAUAAAAAUCUGGAUGUGGAUCAAAUAAUGGCCUUUGGUAGCGACAUAACUACAGAUAAUGAACAAUGUAAUAUUAGUAAUGUUGGAGAUAUUGGGCAAAAUGUUGAGGAAAUUUUACAAGUAAUUAAAUCCAUUGAGGAUGUGGAAAAUGCAGAAAACAUAUCUGCAGGUAGUAGUGAACCAGUCCAAAGUACAGUUGAUGGAGUUGAAAUGUUUUCUAUGCCUGAAGAAGGAUUUUCAUCUUUUGAAAGAGAUUUACUUGAUGUUGAUGUUAUAAGUAUUUGCAAUAUUGCUGAUGCAGUGGACCAACAUAAAGUGAAUACUUUAAAGUUACAGCAAGAUGUUGCCCAAAAACAACACGAGAGUGAAAGGAAAUGUGCAUUUUUAUUAAGAAGACUGAGAAAGCUUCAAGCAAGAAUAAUAGGUAGGCAUGUUGCUGAAGAAAAUACUGGAGUUCUUGAACUUGCUCAUCAUGGAGUGAAAAAAUAUCUUUUUCAAGAAUUAGUUAAUAUCAGUUCUAAAUCCAAUGUUAGAAACUUUCCUGAAAUUAGUAGUAGUUUGAGUUCCUUUUUGCAAAAAAUUGAAAAAAUGUGUGUUGCUCAGAGUAAUAGUGUGAAUCGUCAGCGAUUAUGUUGCCGAUAUUUUGGUGAUGGAUCACGUGAUAAUUUGAGUAGUACUUCCGGUAACAGCAACCGUCAAUCAGUGUUUGGUACACCUCAAGUUAAAAUUAAAGGUGAAGAAGUAGAAAGUGUGGCUGGACCUUUAGCCACACAAUUACAUGUUGUGGAAUCUAAUCUUGACUCCGAUUGUACUGCAUCCAGUAGUGGUGGAGAAAGUUGUGAUGAAAUGCAGACAUUUAACAAUCCACAUCAACAAAGUAUAUCUAUAUCAAAAAGAGCAGCAUGGAGGUAUGCUCAAGAUCGUGCAGGUGUAGCAGCAAGAUGGACAUGGUUGCAAGCACAAAUAUCGGAUUUGGAAUAUAGGAUUAGACAGCAUAAUGAAUUACAACGGCAUAUUAGAGCUAAUAAAGGAUUAGUGAUACUUGAUAAUGCAGAAACAGUGAAUGGCUAUAGUGGUGUUUUACCAGGUUCUACAGGACGUUAUAAUUCACCUGAAAGUGAAUUACCAGCUAGUAGAACUCGGCCAUUUGUGUGGAGUUUUUAUAGGAAAAGAAAAUUAUUACAAUUAGAUAAAUUACAUGAAGUCUCGAAACGUGCUGCAAAAGCAUCAACAGUAAGAUGCAAUUGUGAUCAUGUAUUACCACCAUGUGCUUUAUGUACUGGAAGAUUAGAUCCAAUGCAACCACAAGAACCAAUUGAACAAAUGUCUGUACAAGAAAGAGUUGCACUUGUUGAUCCUAGUUUUCAUCCUGUUUUGUCAUUUCCUGAUGAAAUUACACAGGGAACUCAUCUUGAAGCCAUUAUGAAAUCAGUGGAAUGGCAACAAAAAAUGUUAAGAGGAAACUUACGAAUUACGCGUUUAAAAGAUAAAGAUAUUAAUGAAAGAAGAAAUAAAAAACUUCCAGGACAUAGAAAAUAUGCAGCUCGAUUAAAAAAAUCAUCUUCAAGUAUUCUUACUGCAAGAAUUAAAAAGAAAAUGUUGAAAGGAAAAAGAAAUAGACUUGGUCAUGAUAGAAGUGUUCAUGGUUUAAGUAGAAAAAGGAUGCAAAAAUUAACAACUGAAGAUGAUGAUGAUAUUAGUGCACUUUCCAGCUCUAGUAAGCAUUCAUUUCCAGUGUCUUCUCCUUUACAUCAUACUAUUGCUUCUACUACAGAAAAGAAUACAAUUAAAGAAAAGAAUUCUCAUGGACGCUUGAGGCAAAAUUCGUACGAUAUUGAUAAUAUAGUUAUACCUUAUAGUGUAGCUGCUUCAACUAGGCUUGAAAAGUUACAAUAUAAAGAAAUAUUAACACCAAAGUGGAGGUUAUGUGAAGAACCUUCAAAAUUGGAUAUUAAAAAUGGUGUUAUGCAUAGGCCUAGUCAAGACAGUGAUUUCGAAGAUAUGUCGGACGAAACUAUUGCUUUAAGACAUGAACGAAGUGAACGGGAAGAAAAUAAACGUUUUAUGACAUACAUGAAUAUGCCACAUCAAUCACGUAUUCGGCAUAAUCGUAGAACAGAUAGUCGAGCAGAUAGUGGUGCGAAUACACCAGAUCCUAUGUCUCCACAUGCAAGUGAUUUUGGUGGAGAUAUGAUGUCACCAAUUACAUCACCUCCUGCAACUCCUCAAGUUCAAGAUUCAGAACAUCAACAUAAUUCGGAUAAUAUGCAUCGAUCAUCUGCUUUACAAAAUGCUAUACGACGUCGUGCUACACCUACGUUAAGAAUAGGAAAGGACGACACUAAUGUUUCAAUAAAUGAGGAUGAAAAUGAGAUUUUGCCAUAUGAACCAAGAGUAUUUCCAUUAUCUGAAGAAGUUUAUGAUAAAAUGCUGGAAGUAAUGCCAGAUGGUCAUUGGCAACCUUCGUCAGCAUCUCUUUGUUCCCGUGAUGAAGAAAAAGCAGAUGAUGAUGGGGAAAUGGAUUCUCCAGAAUCAGAUUCGACAGAAUCAGCUUGUUGUGACAUAGAGGGUGAGGAUCCCAAUGAUCCUGAAUGGACAGUAGGUGACGAUAGGGAUACUGAAAAGGAACGAAUACGUCCGACGGCUAAGAGAUAGGAUAAAACCUUUAAUACAUACAGUAUGUCUACGUCGUUACUAUAUGCAGAAGCUACCUGUCAAUUGUUAUAUAUACCUGUCGGUCAUGUAACAUGCACCUUAAGUUAAUGGUAUUAUGAAUCUGUAAAGUGUAUUAUAAAUAUAAAUUUUAUAACUUCAUUCUGCUUAAAUUAAUGGGAAACCUUAAUGAUUGCUUUUUAAGUAUUUCUAUUUCGGCCAAAGUAUUAGAAUUGUAUGGAUUAACAUCCUUUUAUUUAGGAUAAGGAUAUUGUUAUAUUUUUCUUUCACUGUUAUAACUGAUAAAACGGGACAUAGUCCUUCAAAAGUUAGAAUCUCAUAUGAACUGAAUUAGGCAAUUUUAUAUUAAAAAAAA